CACAGUCAACAUGGUACGGACACCGACACAUUUCGGCUGGCCGACGUAGGACACUUACUCGCCCUCACGCACCACCUUUCUGUACUUUUCAGACACUAAUGAGAAAGCGAACAUCUUAGAGUGAAGUGUGCAGGUUGGGUCUCUGGGAUCUGCUGCUCCUGUUUCCUCUCCACAUCAAUAUGGCCAGCGGGGAUGACGAUGACCCCAUUAUAGAGGAGAUCGAUGUGUAUCUUGCCAAAAGCCUUGCAGAUAAGCUGUAUCUUUUCCAGUACCCGGUCCGACCAGCCACGAUGACCUAUGAUGAUGUCAACCACUUGACAGCUAGGAUCAAACCCAAGCAGCAAAAGGUGGAGUUGGAAAUGGCCAUCGACUCAAUGAGUCCAAACUACUGUCGCAGUAAAGGAGAGCAGAUCGCUCUGAAUGUGGACGGCACGGUUUAUGACGAAACCAACACCUACUCAGCGAAAGUGAUGGAUAAACAGUCCUUCACCUCCAUCCAGGCCACCACCAACACCUCCAGAUAUGCUGCUGCUGUGUUUCGUAAAGGUGAGCUUCACGUCACACCUCUGACAGGAAUCCUCCAGAUGAGACCGAGCUUCUCUUACCUGGACAAGGCGGACACCAAAACCAGAGAGAGGGAGGCGGCCAACGAAGGUGGAGAUUCCUCCCAAGAUGAAGCUGAGGAGGAUGUCAAGGCCAUCACGGUGAGGUUUGCUCGACCAGAGUCGGAGCAGGCGCGGCAGAGGAGGAUCCAGUCGUACGAUUUCCUCCAGAAGAAGCAGGCGGAGGAGCCCUGGGUUCACCUACGCUACCACGGUGUCAAGGACGAGCGCUCGGAGCAUGAAAGGCAGUACCUAUUCUGUCAGUCCGUGGACUCCUCCGAGAACUCUGAGCUGGUCAAAACCCCAAAGGAGUACCUGGCAAUGCUGAUGCCCCCUGUUGAAGAGGAGAAAUUUGUAAAACCAGUCGGUCCCAGUAAUGUGCUCUCCAUGGCUCAACUCCGCACUCUGCCACUGGGAGAGCAAGUCAAGACUCUGAUGAAGAAUGUCAAGGUGAUGCCGUUCGCUAACCUGAUGGGCCUGCUCGCCUCUGGCACCGACUCCACCGCAGCGCUGCGCUGCAUCCAGCAGGUGUCGCUGCUGGUUCAGGGCAACUGGGUUGUCAAGAGUGAUGUCCUGUAUCCCAAAAACACCUGCAGUCCCCACAGUGGCGUCCCUGCCGAAGUGCUCUGUCGUGGCCGAGACUUUGUGAUGUGGAGGUUCACUCUGGAGCGCUCUGUGAUGAGGAAGGAGAUUGCAGCCAUCAUCAAACUUCCUCCAGAAGAUGUGAAGGAGUUCUUGGAGCAUGUGGCCGUUCCUCGAGUCAACCGGGGCUGGGAGUUCAUGCUGUCUACUGAUGCAGAAUUCAUUAAGAAACACCCAGACAUCGCUCACAGGCAACACAUGCUGUGGCUCGGCAUCCAGAACAAGUUGGAAAAGGUCUUUAACUUCUCCAAAGAAGACUUCAGGCCAAAGAAUCCCCCGCCGCCUGAGCCUGUUCAUGUCAGCGGGGAGGAGCGUCUGAAGGUGGCGCACGAGCGCGCUCAAGGAAAGCAGUCGUCCCUACAGAAGGACCUGGACGACAGGCGGGCAGGAAGCAGCGUCCAGGUCAAACGGGAACCCGUCAGCGACAGAGAAGAUGAACCGAUGGACACCGCCUCCUCCAUGCCCAACGGCUCCGUCAAUGGGCACCCCGGGGCCACCUCGUCCGCCUUCGCCAACGGUGACGUCGGGAACGCGUCGUCCCAGGAGCUGCACGACUUUGUGAUCAAGACUUUCAAGAAGCAUCUUGUACUGACGCUGAAUGAGUUCAAGAGGCUGCUGAGCCUCCACAUGGCCUCCAUGCCGGUGGGACGAAGCGUCUUCCCCUCCAUCUCGGACCACAUGCUCCAGGACGCCAUACUGCUCUGCCAGUGCAAACAGAUAAUGGUGCCUUUUCCUCCUCAGACCAAAGCAGCCCCUGAUGAGCAGAAGGUGUUUGGUUUGUGGGAGACUGGACAGGAAUCUGACAAGCACAGCAGACAUCAUGGAGGAUGACAUGAUGUUCAGCAUGGAGGAGGAGGGAAGCGCCAAGAGGCCCAAUGUCCAACAAAGUGCCCCCAGCCAGCGCGCCUCCUCCCUCAGUGACUCCGCCAGUGAUGAUGAAGACCACUUCAUCUGCCCCAUCCUGGACGACUCUACCAAAGACAUCUGUCACUACCUGAAGAAUAUGGUUUACGCCCGACAGCUGUCAAACUCUUAUCCUAAGGGCGGCUUUAUGUUCAAGAAUGAAACAGAAAAGUUGGAAGAACCUCAACCGUACAGGGUUUUGUCACUGAGAGCACGGGUAUGUUAUAUAUCAGUUAUAUCUUCCUUCUCUCCCUCUUCACUGGUGACCAGCUGCGCCUCCCUUUUCCCAACUGCACUCUUUAAUUUACUUUCUUUUUCCUUCUUUUAAAACAACUUUCCACCUACUCACAUUGACUCUCUUCAUGACUGAUGUGUAUUCUUAUCAAUUCAUCCUCCCUGUCUUCUCACUGUAUCUUUGUUUUAUUUAAUCAAUCUAAUUUAACAAACACA